AUGGCUGGAGCUGGUGUAGGGUGGCUGUGGGGGAUAGGAGGGGUGGUGGGCACCUCGCCCUGCCCGAGGACCCCAGCCAUGCCCCUUCACCCCACAGAUGGUGCCUGGGAGACUGCAGAGAGCUGCGUGGUUGGCACCUCCGCCAGCAUCUACCGCCGGCUGCAGGACAGCCCAGAGCGGCCCCGGGGGGCGGUGGUGAGCAGCUGGGGACCCCCCCCGCGGCCAGCCCUCGCCUCCAGCAGCCCCCCGGCAAGCGAGCAGCUCCCCAGAUGCGAGUCGGAGGACUCCGGGGUGGAGAUGCCCAGCAACGAGCACUCGCCACUCACCCCCCUGGGCUCCCACAGCAGCUUCUCCCUCUCCCAAAGCCUCCUCCCCGGGGGGGAGCCUGGCACAGACCCCUCCCGGCCGCACCACGGCCGCUCGGGCAGUAAGAAACUGGUGCAGGCAGCACAGCGCAGCAGGAGGCAGCGGGCACCGGGGCGAUGCCCACGCCAGCUGGGUCGGCAUGGUGCCAGCACAGCCAAACUGUGGGCACAGCUGGCACGGGAAUCCCGGGAGCGAGAGGAGCCCGAGGUGGAAAAUCCUGACGGAGCGGUGAGAGAUGGGGAGGGGGAGGCUGUGGCUGGGGGAGGGGGAAGGGAUCGGCCGGCCGGGAGCCAUGCGGUGCCCACUCACCCACAGGCUGUGCCCGAGGUGACGGUGCCAGUGCCAGGGCAGGGGCUGCAGUACCUGGAACACGUCUGCCAGCUGCUGGAGCACCUGGCACGGCUGCAGCAGGACAACCUCCUCCUGAGGCAGCAGGUGGCACAGGCUGGGCACAGCCACCCUGACACUAUGCCCACCCAGGACCCAGUGUGGAGGGGGGAGCGGUUCCGGCCCCGUUCCUGCUCCGACAGCCAGGCUCCAGCCCCUGCCCCUGGGCCGUGCAGGAGGACCUGGGGACACUCUGCCAGCUCCCCCAGCCUGCUGGAUCCCUGCGAGAGCGGGGGGGGGACCCCGACAGCAGACAAGGAUGGGCGCUGGGGCAGGGUGAAGCUGCUGCUCACUCGCCUCACUCGCCGCUCCCUGCGCGGGGGGCGCUGCAGGUAG